AUGCACGAAAUCUCUCGACAACAGACCCUGACCACGACUAGACCCGUCCCAUUCGAUGCAUCCGUAUCACUCUUUCACAUUCCUAACGGUACGACUACAUUCGAACAGUCCAAGCCAGGCAAUCUUGUUCUGCCAGCCGUUUAUGCGAACAAAGGGAAGCUCCAUCGGCUCGGUUUCGACUAUGGCGUCGAGACAUACCUACAGGUCGAGCUAGGCGUUUCCAGGCUGAAUGAGAUCCAUAACCACCUCUGGAUGGUCGGGAAACCGAUGCCUGGCCGACCUCUCCAUCAACAUCUCGUGUACGGCCGGAAGAUUGUAUGUGCCCAGCAGGCGGACCUUCACCUGCUUUGGGAUGACUCUCGGCUGUUUGUCAAGCCAUGCCCGGAUUAUUUACUGUCAUUUGACUUUUGGGAGCGCUAUCUGUGCUGUGGCAACGCCAGUUUAUGGGCGACAGCUGCCGGUAUGAUCCAGUCCUACGCAUGGCUGAUCCAGGACAAGUCUGACUGGAAGAUUGCACAGGCAGAGGGUAUCCUUUCGGAAUCCAUCACCUGGGAGCGCUGGACCGCCUUCGUCUCUUCUUUCAGCGGCCAUCUUGAAGCACAAGAUCUCGACGUCAAUCCACGUUUUAAAUACGGCAACCUUCGCCUCACCCGGAUCCAAUGGAUAUGGCGUUUUCGCUCCCGUACCGGGGAUGUGCACGCAUUCGUCAAUGGAUAUCUGAACCCAUACUCAAGUUACCGUAAUUUCUUCAACCAGAUGGUGGCGCCCAUCACGGUGGCCACGGUCUAUUUUGCGCUCAUCUUGGCGGCAAUGCAAGUCGGGCUGGCCACGACGAUGCUGCAACAGAGCGAUGCAUUUCAGAACGCAUCCAUGUGCUUUACUGUGUUGGCUAUUGUUGGACCGACCGCGGCGGUUGCAGUGCUAGUAACGGGGGUAAUGGGUUAUGUAUUUGUGUGGAACCUAUGUCAUGCGGUGAGGUUAAGGAGGACAGAGAAGUUGAAACCAAACAUGUCAAGCAAACAGCAGGUGUAA